GAUGGGACUUAGGAAUAAAUAAGUUCAAGUAAAAUUUCAUGAAUAAUGAAAUAAGAGUUACUCUCUACGGAUAGUGGGAGUAAUAGUAAGCAGAAACAUCUGAUCUCACGGAUAGUGAGAGGCAUGCCACUUGGUUAAUUUGGUCAAGUGGGAGAUGUUGCAUAGACUCGGUCUAAUGGUGACCAAAUCAACGUUUGUUUCUCUGUUGAGAGAAACGUGGGAACGUGGAAUGGUUUGUUGAGAGGAAAUCUCUCAUGGGGCGGAACUGAAGGGGGGUGGAGAUAGUGGGUUAGCCCCUAUAAAAGGAGGGAUGAUUUCCUUUAGAAAAUACAACGAAAAAAAGAAAACCUCUUACCCAUUACCGGAGCCCCCCUUCAAAGAUAUCAUCUUUUCUCUUCUUUAUACUCGUUCAAUUUGUAUACCAUAUUAAUCGGAGUGGUAUCGUAAUCAUGUUCACAUGUCCGUUUAUAAGCCAAUAGUUAAUAUUAGUGGAUAGUAAAUAUUUGGAUGUUGAUCUUACUCUCUAUACUUGCUUGAUAGAAUGUGAACAUGAAGCAGAUUGAUAUAUUUUUGUUUUUCCCCCCUUUUUUGUGGAACCUUCUCUAAAUAGAUAGGAUUUGAAGGUUACACGUCAAGAAACCUUUUCAGCCUAUUUUCUUGCGGCAAAGGCUGCAUGUUCUUGCACUAUGCUGUAGGUUCUCUUGAAUGAAGGAGGAUCAUACAUUUCAGCAUGGCCAGGAAACAAAAAAAGGUAACCAUUAGUUUUUUCGUGGACAAGGCGAAGCAAAGGGUGGCGCUGGCCGAAGCGGACAGCGACUUUAUUGACAUCCUCUUCAGCUUCCUCACCCUGCCAUUGGGAACCAUCGUCAGGCUCCUCAACAAGCAAUCUAAUAUUGGAUGCAUGGACAAAUUGUAUGGGAGCGUCGAGAAUCUUGAUGUGCAUAAUUUCCAGACUGAGGCAUGCAAGACCAUGCUUCUCUUCCCUCAAAGCGCUGCAGCUGUACGAUGUGAAGAUCUAAAGGUAAAUAUUGAUAGCAGAGAGUCGAAUCCAAGGACCAUCUAUGUUUGUCGAAAGGCUGGUUGUUGUGCCAAGGCCACAUGCUUGGGCAGCUCUGUUUUGAAUGCUCGAUGUCCUCACUGUCGAGAAACUAUGGAUUCAAGGAGAACGCGGGCGAAAGGGAAUGUGGAUGCUGGCAAACUAUUUGUCAAGAGUGGAGAUAAGUUUAUGAUUACUGAUGACCUUCGUAUAACUCCGUUUUCUAUGGAGCAUUACCUUUCUUUCAUUCGGAAAUUGGGAAAGGAAGAUGAAUGCACCCUGGAGGAGAAGGUUAUGGAUCUCGGUAGAGACGAGAUAUUGACAUUGCUUCGAAGACUGCUGGUCUCCAGUUCUCCGCUUACUGACUUGUUUUUCAAAAAUGUGGGUGUGACGAAUGAUGCAUCACAAGGAAUCGAUAUUAAAAACAUGAUUCGAGUUAAAAGAGAAAGCAACACAGAAGCUGAAUCAAAAGAAACACACAUCAAUUUGUUUUUAAACAAGUCUACGAAAAAAGUGUCAUUUGUAGAAGUUGAAGAAGAUUAUGUGAACUUUAUAUUUAGUUUCCUAACCUUGCCUCUUGGCGCCCUGAUCAAGCUCCAAAAUAACAAGUCGUUCUUGGGAUGUGUCGAUAACUUGUAUCGAAGUGCCACAAAGGUUAGUUCAGACAAGUUCAAAUCUGAGGAAUGCAGGGAUAUUCUUCUCUCUCCUAAGCUUGCAUCAUUUUUUGGUUACACUGGUAACAUGCUAAAGGUGGAUGAAAUUGCACCCCCUAAGGGUUUUUGCCGUGGUUGUUACAGUUGCUUCUGGAAUAAUAAUGAUAUAGAUUGUGAAGCUUCAGAAUGUGUCCACGGCGUGAAGCGGGCAGAUUUUAGGAUGUUGAAUCCAAAAUCUCCUGAGGGAAGAACAGAAACAGGUGGUGGAUAUGCCAAGGGGAAAUUCCUGGUGACUACUGAUCUUUGUGUGUCUCAAUUAUCCGCCUCUUCCUCGCUCCAAACUGUCAAGAGCCAGGAUCUUUCGUUCAGCGAUCUAGAGAUGAAGAGGGCCGUAUUUGGAGAAAUGCAGGCUCUUGAUCUACUUAGAUCUGCCGUAACCUCUAAAACUCCAAUUGAUGAUGUGCUAAAUAUUUUUCGGAAAGCGAAGGUGGAAUAUGAAUUUGGUUGCUAAAGAAGAAAUUAAGCCACUUGAUUAAUUACGUGGCUUUUCCGCAAUGAUUUCGGAGCUUUAUGAACCAGCAACUGCAAUGGCGGAUCGAGUAUUAAUUUCUGGAAAGUGGUAUUACCAUAUAGUUAAUAAGUUAUAAAAUUUACAGCUAUUUUUGUUGAAUUUUUUUACUUUGAAAAAUAAAGUACGCUCUCUCAUUAUUAUUA